AAUUUGAAUCUUAGCGCCGAAUGCGCUCCCGUUGCGUAAUAACUCGGUUGACCCUUUCCUGAGUUCUGGCGCUUGCAUCGCUCACGUUGGGUGACGCAAUGAUAUACAUUCAUUCCAAAGGAGGAAGGCGUCCGUGUCAGAAGGAUAAUAAACGAUCUUAAAAAUACAAACUGUGUUGUUAUCUGUGUUGUUACCUGUCUUUCGCAAAAUAAAGUCAAAAGGUUAUGGGCCCAGCACGCUUCCACUGCGCCUGAAGCUUGAGUGAAGAAAGACGAGCAAGGAGCCCUAAGAGAUAAUAGGAAAACGAAUUGCGCUGCGGGACGCAACAGGAGGACAAUAGGCGAGAUCUGAAAACUCUCACAACAGGUUUCUUUUGCAUUCUUUUUUAAGGGAAAUUGAAGGCAUCGUGCCUAUGUAAAAUCGAACAUUGAGAUGUGCAUGUAUAUUUUAUUGGGAAUAAUACAAAUAGAAUGAUGAAAUAGCAUGAUGCAAGAAAUUGGGGAAGGCGGAUCGCGUUCAAAAUGGAGGGCGGACCGCGUGGCAACCGCGUGGCGACGCGACGCGUGGCGACGCAACGUGCGGCGACCGCGUGGCGAUCCUUGUAAAGGGAGACGCCACUGUAGUGCAUUUGAACGGAAAUAGCAACAGUGCCGAGAAAAAUUACCCGUGAAAUUAGAAUUAGGCUUGCAUAUAAUGUUAAAAGAAACUGAGAAAGUAAUUGCAUGUAACGUUUAAAAGAAUUAAAAGAAUAUGAGCAUGCAUGUAGAAAGAAAGGGAGAAUAUUUGCAAGCACCGUGGAAAGAAACUGAGUGAAACAAUAUCCUAAAUUAAGUGACAAUUUUUCAGAAAUUUGAUUUAUUGAUUUUUCGAUCGAUCGAACUGAUUGGCCAAAAUGUCGGUUUUAAAAGAAAUAGUAGACAAAUGCAAACAGGCAUUCUUCAUUGACGAGGAAGACAUUCAGGCAACGAUAGAACUUGACGAGCACUGUUUCACAGUGCAGUUUGCGGCCGGAGAGCGUGUGGUACUGAGUAAAGAAAAGUUGAAAGGUAAAUGGAAAGAUUUGAAAAAGGAAAUAGCGAAUCUCGAACGAAGCCAGGGUUCAGGCGACGGUUCAGGCGAUAACAGUACGGAUGACAUGGUUGAGUCUAAGGAAAAGGAGCAGAUAGAGACAAAAGAGAUCCGAGAGAAUAAUAGUAAUGACGGUAUAACGAACGACGACUCGGAUCAGACCGUGGCAAAGACAGUCGAAAACACGGUGCAAGCUUCUCUCUCCGAAGUUACUAAACCUGUGCGGAAAUUGGAAACAGGUAAAGAACGACUGUAUAAGAUCUGUAACGACUGUAAAGGAUCUGCUAACGACUGUAUAAGAUCCGUAACGACUGUAAAAGAUCUGUUAACGACUGUACAAGAUCUGUAACGACUGUAAAAGAUGUGUUAACGACUGUAUAAAAUCCGUAACGACUGUAAAGGAUCUGCUAACGACUGUAUAAGAUCCGUAACGACUGUAAAAGAUCUGUUAACGACUGUACAAGAUCUGUAACGACUGUAAAAGAUGUGUUAACGACUGUAUAAAAUCCGUAACGACUGUAAAGGAUCUGCUAACGACUGUAUAAGAUCCGUAACGACUGUAAAAGAUCUGUUAACGACUGUACAAGAUCUGUAACGACUGUAAAAGAUGUGUUAACGACUGUUUAAAAUCUCUAACGACUGUAAAAGAAUUGUAACGACUGUAAAAGAAUUGCAACAUAAGAGGUACAUAACGACUGUUUAGAAAAUAACGCUAAUAACAUAUUCAUUAUUACAGAAAAUUUAGGUCCG